AUGGGCGGCCCGAAUCUCGAAGUCUUCAAGUUUGGCAUGUACAUCAUGUUUCCCAUUGCAAUCAUGUACUACUACGGAACGAACCUCGAUAAUCGCUUCUCCGUUCCUGACUUCUGGCCCAAGCCGGAACAAACGAAUCGCAUACCAUUCGAAAAGGACGAAAUCAAGUCAGAGCUUGAGAGAUUACGCGCCAAGAGGUUAUUUUUGAGAGACAAAAGAUUGGAGCAGGAGAGAGCAUCAGGGAAUUCUGGACAGGGAAAUGGAGAGUCUUCGUGA